CUAAAUUGCGCUUGCGCACUACGCUUCUCCCUCUUUGGACCGCCGUCUCCGCUGCUGCAAUGGCUAAGCGCACUAAGAAGGUGGGGAUUGUUGGCAAGUAUGGCACGCGUUAUGGUGCGUCGCUCAGGAAGAUGGUGAAGAAGAUUGAGAUCAGCCAGCACGCCAAAUACACCUGCUCCUUCUGUGGCAAGACUAAGAUGAAGAGGAGGGCAGUGGGUAUCUGGCACUGUGGGUCCUGCAGAAAGACUGUGGCUGGAGGAGCCUGGACAUACAACACAACCUCUGCUGUCACAGUGAAGUCAGCCAUCAGGAGACUGAAGGAGCUGAAGGAACAGUAAACCAGUACAACUACGCUACUGGGGAUUUGGGACUGUUUUGUAUAGAGUCUCCGUCCUGGACAUUGAAUUACAACAUCAGACAUCCUAAAAUAAAGUGGUCUGGAACGGA